AUUUUGGACUGUGGGAGGACGCCGGUGUACAACCAAACAUUAAAUAAUAAAUAUAAAUAACCACGUUACAUACCCUGAGCUGCACCAUUAGUGUUAGUCCGCGGACUGUCUGAAUGUUAUGGAUGUGUAGGUGGGGUUCCAGGCGUGUUCAGUCUGUUCCUGUUCUCUGGACUCUGACCCGGCUGCAGGGAGAACUUUGAAAUCUGGUGCCACUGUCAGUAUUGAGAAAAGCCAUGAGAAACCGGUCCGGUUCACCCCCAGUGCACGUGCACGUCAGUGAUGCCACUCCGGUCCACGUUCACAUUAAGAGCCAGCGGACGAGUCCUGGCAGGACGCCUCAGGGGAAGAUCAACAUGGACAAAUCGACACUUCGUCCCACAGCGAAGGUCAAAACUCGAGUGCCUUGGAUCCCACCGGGAAAGGCUUCCUACAAGUGGGAGGGACCGACUCAUUGCCUGGAGAUCACACCACCGCUCCCAGAACCAGAACCAGAACCUGAGCGCUCCCAGUCGGUGCUGCGACUGUCAGAUCUCACGUCAGAGGAAGAGGAAGGUCUACAGGGCCGGAUCAGCCAGUAUGAGAGGAAGAUCGAGAGUUUAAUGACUGAAGUCAGUUCUCUGACGACUGAGGUGGAACUGCGUAAGAAGGAACAGCUUCUGGAGCGUCAGUCGGAGCAGCUGAACGUCUCCAAACGUGUGAUCGCUGAGCAGGAGGAGGAGCUGGCCGAGGUCACCCAGGAGCUUCAGGAGACGGAGAGGCAGAACAGCCGUCUGCGUCAGUCCAUGGAGAAGAUGCUGGAGGAGAGCGAGCACAACAAACUGGACGGUUUUCCUCUGGAUAAGGAUGUUCUGCUCCGGAGGCUGUGGGAAGCUGAAGCUGAGGGAGAUGCAGCUGCUCAGCAGGUUUCUGCUCUGAAAGAAGCUAUUUCCAAACUGUGCAGCACGGGUAGAAAUAGGCUGUCGUCUUCAUUUUUAUCCCAGCAGAAGGAUCUGCUGCUGAAGAAACUGGAGACAUUCGAGGCCACGAACCGAACUCUGCGGCAGCUUCUCAGAGAGCAGCAGGACGCUCAGAUGGAGUCCAUCGGACUGUCGGAGCAGAAAAAGGCUUUACUGAAGAAGCUCGCUGACACCGAGGCAGAGAACGUUCACCUUGUUGAGAAGCUUCAGAAGAAAGACGGAGAGCUUCAUCAACUCUCCAACCUGCUGGGAUCUGAGAAGGAAAAAGCUAAGAGCUCAGCAGACAUCUCCAGGACUCUGGAGUCGACCAGAGCUCAUCUACAGGGACAGUUACGGUCCAAAGAAGCUGAGAACAACCGGCUCAGCGUGCAGAUAAAGAACCUGGAGCGGGCAGCCAAUCAGCAGAGGGCAGAGAUAGAUCAUGUGACGGACCAGCUGAACAGACUAAAGAAGGAGGCGCUGGACGACCGGGAGGCUCUGAAACGAGCCACGAGAGCUCAGAAACAGCGAGCGGAGCGCAGUGAGGACGCUGCUGGACAGCUGAGCCAUCAACUGCUGCAGAUGCAGGAGAAGCAGGUAGCUGAAGCUCUGUCAACAGCUGAAGUCUGGCAGCGUCGACAUGUAGAGGAAGCAAAGGAGAAGAGUCAGCUGGAGAUGGAGCUGUCUCUGCUGAACAGCCGGAUAUCGGAGCUGACCGAGCAGCUGCAGAGCGUGCAGGAUGAAGGUCGGUCGGACAGGGAGGCGCUGCUGGAUCGCCUGCGUGGAGUGUCUGCAGAGAACAUGGCUGCCAAACUGGAAAACCAGACCCUGAAGGCUGCAGCAUCUGCAGUGGAGGAGAAGCUGAGCUUGUCUCAGUCAGAGCUCCAGCAGAUCAAAGCCUCCAUCAGACAGUAUGAGACUCUGCUGGACAGCUAUAAGAUCCAGGUUGGGAAAACCCGGGCCGAGGCCGAUCAGUACUGUUCCCAGGUGGCCCAGGCAGAACACGAGGCCCAGCUGGUGAGGGAGGAGCUGGAGAAGGAGAUUGAGGCGGUGCGCAGGGAGCUCCUGGGUCGGCUUUCGGAGCUGGAGGCUCUUCCAGAGGCCUUGCGGCGCUGCCAGCUGCAGCUGCAGGAAGCUCAGGAUCAGGAACGCAGCCAGGAGAGACAAAACGUGGAGCUCAGCACCAACCUGACGGAGCUCCGUCUAAAGAUGGAGUCCCAGGGACACCAAGUGGAUCUUCUGAGACAGAAGAACAAUGUGCUGAUGGAGGAGAACCGACAGCUUCAGCUGAGAGUCAAGUCUUUCGAGAGGAAACUGGAGGAGGUUUCCAGUCAGAACACUGACCUUCUAACAGUCAUCUCCAAACGGGAUAAGACUAUCCACAGCAAUCAGCUCUCCCUGGAAGAGAAGACGAGAGAAUGUUCCCUGCUGAGUCGGAAGCUGGAGGAGGCUCUGGACGAUGCUCGCCAGCAGAUCUCAGAGACCAGAGAACGUGCUGCCACCAAAGAACGCUCCAACCAGUCCAUGAUUGUGGAACUGGAGACCCAGCUGAGCCGGACCGCCUCAGAAAUGGAUCAGCUGAGGCGCAGGAAAGAGGAGGUGGAGAGGCGGUAUCAGAGCCGGCUGCAGGACCUGAAGGACCGCCUGGAGCAGUCAGACAGCACCAACCGAAGCCUGCAGAACUACGUGCAGUUUCUCAAAGCGUCCUACACCAAUGUGUUCAGUGACGUGGCCCUCGGUGGGUCCCUGCGGGCCCCCUCACCCAUCUGACUGCCUGAAUAAAAAACAGAUUUGUUUCAUUUUGGUAUUCUGCAGCUUCGCAUCUUAGAACGUGUCACCAUGGCAACGGAUGCUGGAAACCAAAUGUAUCAUCGCCACCAACAUGUGUCCGAUGGUUUCUGUUCAUUCGUCACCACAUCCAUCUUAAAAACACUACAUCUACAUUUACUGAGGCUGGCUGAAUAUUUCCAGCGAGCCAACAGACUGGUUUCACUGGUUAUUGGUUGCGCGAGACAGCCAGGCUGUGAUUGGUCGUCUGCUGCCUGUUUCACAGGGACUCUGGGUUGACUGAUACAGAGGGUGACCAGAAGACCUCCUGGAUGUGUUGAAGCUCCUUCCUCUUGAAUGAAUCAAACCUCAAGCACCAUCCAUCCAUCAUCCAUCCAUCAUCCAUCCAUCCAUCAUCCAUCCAUCCAUCCAUCAUCCAUCCAUCAUCCAUCCAUCAUCCAUCCAUCA